CAGAUAACAUAGUAGGUAAACACAGAAACAUUACGUACGUCGCCGUGUAAACUCAUACUUCCUGAUUGACUAGUUUAGGUUUUAGAAAGGGUGAAAGUCAGUAUUUAAAGAGCAAAAACGUAUAAGUUCCGAAGCAUUUUUAUUUUAACUCUAGAGUGUCGUAAAUUUACUUCCGGGAACCAUGAUGGCGAAAAGUUUUGCAUCUGCAAGUAAGGAGAACAAAGUAACCACGGUCGCAGGAGAUGACAUUAGGUCGAUUACCAUAUCAAAACCUUUAGAAAGCGACACUUAUCAAAAGAUGGUAAAUGAAAGUAGUGAGGAACAAACAGUUAGAGCUCAAACUUCUACACAAGAUGAUGUAACAAGCUGUUUUAAUGGUACACAUGAGGUACAAGAAUGUCUUAAAGGUCAAUGUGAGGCAGAUCUACACACACACCUGGCAAACUAUAACAAGAUUGCCAAUGCUGCAACUAACACCUCACAACAUUUAGGAACCCAUGAGGUACAGGAAUGUCUGAAAGGCCAAUGUGAGGCAGAUCUACACACACACCUGGCAAACUGUAAGAAAAAUCCUGGCCAUACAGGGUUUAUUCCUGUAAAAAAAGUUUACAAAAGAACAUCUUCCUCCCGGUUACCAGGACAGUGACAUCUAUGACGUCAUUAAAGCUCAAAGUUACCUAACUGUCAGAAUAGCCGUUAAUUUCACCAGUCGAAACAGACCUGAGUUUGUACUCGGAACUAAAGAACCUUAUCCUUGCUACACGACAAGAGGAAAAAGAUUACUGCGAACAGGGACAGGGUCGGUUUGGAAAGUAUCCAUAUCCGAACCGGGAAGCAAGGCUUAUACACUUUGUCCAUGUCCGGAAUGUGAACACUCAGCCAAACCAAAAAAGAAAUGGUUUAAGGUCUUUGUGCAGACAGCCAGACAUGUGAUUUUUGAUUCAGAAGAGGCGAAACAUUCCAGCUGUAGGUUGUGGUUUGAUGAUGAUCAAAGUCCAGUGGUCAAGAUUUAUGGGUGGAGGUCUGGAGGAAUGUCACAUACAGGUCAAGAUUGGAACACUCUUGUAUGUGCCACACAUGAUCAAGAUAUAGCAGAAAGAUUGUUGAAUGUUUUUCGAAUCCGAAUGGAGGUAUGGGGUAAAGUAAACGCAAAAUACGAGAAUCGUAGAGAUGAAGAUAAAUUAGCUAUUGUAAUAUCACAUCCUCAUGGCUGCUCUAAACAGAUCUCUGUAGGUCGAUGGGUAGAGAGGCAGCAAGUAGGUAUGUACAACAAGUACACGUACACAACUUGUACAUGCCCGGGGAGCAGUGGGGCCCCAGUCUACAAGCUAGGGUGGACUGUCCAUCCCCACUGUGGGGCACACGCCGAUGGACCUAACUACAGUACAGCUAUGUGUGAUAUGGAUUUUAGUUUCACUGAAGAGGAAAAAAACCUCAAAUGGCAAGUUGAGACGGGCCCUUCUCUUACGGACGAAAUUUUAGCUUUAACUGAUGACAGCUUACAAUUUAUUAUACGGUAAUAGCUUACAACUCCAAGUCGAAAAUCGUGAGUUCUGAUACACAGGUUUGCGUCUGUAAGUUGUCAACGUCCACAAAUCUCUGAUGAAUACCAUCCUCAAGUUAAGAUAAAAUCGAAGCCGGCUGGGCAUAAUGCUGAUAACAUCAUCUUGUAUGCGAGGUCAUUGAAACAGAUAAACUCUUCUUCAUCUGCCCCAUGUGUCUGAGACACGAACUGGAAAAGAUGAUGAAUAGCGCACUAUUAUAACUGUAAUGUAUUUAAUAACAUAAAAAGCAUCAACGUUUAUUUAUUCUCUAAUUAUAUUCUAAUAUUGAAACACCACAAAAACUAUUAUGUAUUACAUCUCCUUUAUUUACAUACAUUUGUGUCUAGUGUCAUAACAUGGUUACAUGUUAUAAACGUAUUUUUACAGGCUUUCAUUUAACUUGCUUUAUAUGUCUUUUGUCUUAUCGGUUGAAACAGGCGAGCAAAAUUUCGACCAGUUUUAGCGGACCGAUUUAUUUCUAAUUUAGCCAGGGGGUCCAGAUCCAUUGACGAUGCAAUAUGCCAUUAAAUUUAACUAAAUGUGAUGCUUAUUUAAUGUUUUAGAAUUUAUGUUUUCAUUUUAAAAAAUUGUUUCGUUAUUAUACUCACAUUUUUCGUGUUUUCUGUUGCUACUCGAAAACUGUGUUUCAUUAUUAUGUAUUUAAAAAAAAAUUCCCUUUGUUUCAGUGUACCACUAUAUAAAA